AUGACUGGUGGUGAGAAACUCUCAGCUCAAGGAAGUGAUCCUGUUCAGGACCCUCAACUGUACAGAAGUCUUGUUGGAGCUCUCCAGUAUGCUACUAUCACUAGGCCUGAAAUUACUUAUGAUGUUAAUAGAGUAUCUCAGUUUAUGCAAACUCCACUUCAGUCACAUUGGAAAACAGUCAAGAGGAUUUUAAGGUACCUAAAAGGGACUCUUGAUUUUGGAUUACACAUGGGGAGGUCUAAAGAGCUGGGGUUGACAGGUUUCUAUGAUGUUGAUUGGGCAUCUAACCCUGAUGAUAGGAGGUCUACUUCUAGAUUUUGUGUUUACCUUGGGUCCAAUCUUGUUUCAUGGUCCUCCAAAAAGCAACGAACUGUUUCUAGAUCAAGUACUGAAGCAGAAUAUAGAAGUCUUGCUAAUGUUACAGCUGAGAUAACUUGGAUCCAGUCUCUCCUUGCUGAGCUUCAUCUACCUUCUUCACAACCUCCUAUUGUUGGUGUGACAACCUCAGCACGGUAUUGA